AUGCUCCACAAUCAUGAGCAUACUUUGACAUGUCGAAUGGAGAGGACCAAGCCUACGGUAGAAAAUGUGACGCCAUUGGCGCUUUACCAACAGACACAACCGAGAAUAAAAGGUGUAGCGUUAGACCGACAAAAUGAAUUGCCUAUCUUGUAUGGGGGUGGUAGGGAACUGCUGGUUGGACUGAUACCGCCGCCCGGAGAGCCUCUACCGCUGGAAUGUGUGGAAUUGGCGGAUUUUUUUGUGCUGAGCACUUGUAUGGUGGUGUGGAUGAAUGCACAGGAAAUUGGGUUGCAGAUCCCGUACCAAAAGGUGGUUUACCAUGGAACACGCUUGAUCGAGGACCAAAAAGCGAACUCGGUGGGUUCCAGUAUGGAAAUAGUGUUGACGGUCCAACGGGACGCCACGUUGGACCAACUGUUUCCGCGGUCUGGUGGAUUUUCAGAAUGGUCGUCGGAAUAUCCGCUGGAGACCGUGGAAUUGGUGCUGAGACCGCAGCACGGGGAGUUCGAGCGUGUGUACAACGACGAGCGCGAGACACUGUUUACGUUUCGAGAGUUUGGGCUGAAUCGCGGUGACCGGAUGGUUUCCAAUUGCAAUGCUGCGAUUUCACGGUGCAUGGACCUUUUUAGCACGGACGAAGAGCACGAAAACGACCCAACAGCAUUUGAAACAGACUCCCAACAGCACCAGCUUGAAGGUUUUAAUGAGUUGGAUGGGGUUCAGUCGCACAGCGAUAUGGUGGUGCCCAUGUACACCAACUUCGGCGCUGCAGACGACCUGGACGUCGAAGGUGACAUCGGAACCUUGAAAGAAGAUGGGUUGGACGCAGGGAUGGCGUUGGAAUUCUACGAUGACACACCGCUGGCGGGACGUCGUAGUAUGUGGGAUUCCGGUCUAGAAGGCCGGUUCAAGAAACCCAAGGCCACGUGA